CUGGGGCCAGGAGCCCCCUCCUGUGGCCUGGCUCGGGGCACUCGGGGCCCCGGGAGGCCCGUCUGCCCGCCCCUGCUCCCCCACGGUUGGCCCAGGGCCGGCGGGCCGAGUUUUGUGGGUCAGCGAGCGCUGCGAGAAGGCUGUGGGGAGGUAACGGGGCCAUGGUUUCCUGCUCGGUUCCCUCCCCGGCUGCAGGAUCUGGGCCAGCUAGAAUGGGGAGAGGCCCCAAGGACAGAGGGAGGGCCCACCCCUGGGGAGAGGCUCGGGCUCAGUGACCUUCCCUCCCACUGAGAGGCCGGGCCUAAGCUGCAGGGCCCCCUAAGGCAGCCUGGCCGAGGACCCCACUGCAAGUGGGUCAAGCUUUGGGUGCCCCCUCAGCCCUUUGUCUCCGCUUCCUGCCCGGAGGGUUGGGUGGGGGCCCUCGGCCAAGUGAUGAGCUCACCAGGCCCCCCCAGCAGAGGCUCGGCCGCUUUGUCUGAGAGCACUGGGUGGGUCCCGGGCCUCGCUGGGCCGGCUCCCGCUGGCGGCCUCCCUCCGGCUUCUCCGAGGCUCUGGGCCCAGGGAGGCGAGAGGGCGAGCCCCGGGGAGCAGAGAUGGCAACUAAUAAUUAAAAAUAAUGGCCCCACUUAGCAGGGCUUCAAGGUUUGGAAAAUGCUUGAUGGGCCCGGAGGGGCCUGGAUCCGAGGCGCCCAUAACCGGAGGCCCCUCCCCGGCCCACGCUGGGCAGGGCCGGGCAGGGAGCCGCUCCCCCUCUCUGCGCCUCAGUUUCCUCCUCUGUACCACAGAGGGAGCAGGAUCCAUCUCCAUUUCGGAGCCAAUGGUGGGGGGCAGGUGUUAGCAGCCAGGCUGGGCCUUGAAGGGAACCAGGAGAGCAAGGGGGGCAGCUGGUCAGGUUCCCCACUUGGGCCGGGGAGGGGGAGGGGCUGUCCCCCCGGGGUCCGGUCUGGAGCCUUCUCCAGGGCUAGAGAGGGCCCGGCCGGGGUGUGGGAACUCCAGGCUGGGGAGGACUUGGCACAUACACUUUGUUUGAGAAGCAAGAGGGAGCCAGCGAAGCUUCCUCAGAGGAAGCAGGCCCAGCGGCCCAACACCAGAGCUCCGGUUGGGAUUAGGUCUGGGUUCGAAUCCACCUCACAGACUAGCUCUGCCAUCUGAGGCCCUCAACCUCACCUAUAAAAUGGGGGGGGGGGGCCCUCAGCUAAAAUGGAGCCGACAGGUGGUUUCUGAGGCUCUGGGAACACAGAGCAUGGCGACCUCCGGGCAGGGGCAGAUCUAUGGUCUGUGGGGGUCACUGACCCACAGGGGGUCGGAGACAUCCCUCUGGAAGCCUGAUGGGAGCUUCCUGGGAGUCCAGCGGUGCCGGUCUGACUAAAAUCCCACCGGCCCCCAGGAUCUGAAGCCCCCCCCCCAGCCCGCCCCUGGCCGGGGAUACUCCCCACUCCCCAAUCCUCCCGCGGGCUCCCUCCCCCGGGGCAGGGCGGCAGAUGGCAGCAUUUCCUGGGCGCUGGUUGGCUGGGAUCUAGUCCCUCCUGUUCUGUUUGAAAAUAAGCCCUGGCCCGGUUAACCCUCUGCAGGGGCGCGGGAGCCCCAGACCCCGGUGUCCGCCGCACUUGUAGGAAGGAGGGAUUUACGAGCGCGUUGUGUGUGUGGGGGGGAACUGAUGCUCACCACCACCCUGGGAAGUAGGGGGCCCUCAUCCCCAUUGGACAGAGGAGGAAACCGAGGCCCGGGUCCAAGCUCUGCGCCCUCCCCCUCCCCCCGCAAGGCUUCUUAAGGGGCAUUUGCCGUCGCUGCCUCCGGGAGCGGGCACGGAGUGCAUGCUGGGAAGCUCCGAGACGCUGCCCGGCCCAGCCCGGACUCUUAUCACCCUCCCAAGGCCAAACUGGUCCAGGCCGGAGGUGACCGAGCACAGUCCCUUCCUUCCUCCCCAGGCCCCCAGGAAAGGGUCCCCCCGGCCACCCAAAGUAUCUUUUCCUGAGCAGGUCUCGGAGGGAGGCCGGGGAACAGGCUGUCCCUGGCCGCCCCAUCUCCAUCCCCCCCGCCCCGGGUCCCCAUGGGAGGGGUGGGGGUGGGGUUCAGCCUUAGGUUCUGGACCUCGCUCCCCCCCCACACACACGGACUCCGGCCAGAGCAGACAGCAGCUCCCCCGGCGCCCCGUCCCCACUCCGGCCAGAGCAGACAGCCCCCUCCCCCAGACACACACUCACACUCACACUCACGCCCCCCACGCCCAGAGCUGCCGGCGGAGGAGCCGGUUGAACGUUGAACGUUCAAACUUGCUCGGGGCCCAGGGCGUGACUCACCUCCAGACACAGCCAGCCAGAAUCCAGCCCUGGGGAGGGAAAGGGGGCGGGGAGGGGGCCCGAGGGGGAGGGGGCCCAAUUACCUCACCGGCGUUAUUAAAGCCGUAGCGUCCCCAGCCCCUGCGCAGGCUGGAGGCAGCUUAUAAGAGCCCUGAAGGCCGAGGCAAGUCAGGGACCGUCUCCCCUCCCCCUAGGCUGGGGGAGGGGGGCUCAGAUAAGGACUUCCCCCACUCCCCUCCCACGGCCCGGGAGCUUAAGGUGGAAGUCUGAGGAGUCCCGGCGGGCUCCGGACAGAGAGAAGGAAGCUCCGGCCCGGGUGGGGGCGGCCGGCGGUUAGCUCCCCAGGACCCGAAGGCUAGCGGCGCAGUCAGCCCCGCAGGAGGCCGGGGCAGUUUCCAGGGCCAGCCCCGAGCAGGGUCUGCCGGGCUCCAGCAGGGCUUCCUCCGCCCCGGCCCCCCCCGCGCCCUCCCGGGCCUGGAAGGCCGGAGGGCGCCUGCGGUCCCGGACGGGGAGGACCACGAGCACACGCAUCGGCGCCGGGGCAGGAUUCCAGGGCCCGGGGCUGGCUCCGGCGGCUGGCGCCCCGGGCAUCCCCCUGCGUGGGCCGCGUUCCCCGCGGAUAGGGCGCUUGGAGGCCCCCGGGAUCCCGGGGCGCAGCGCUCGGGGCCCCGAGGAUGACCAGCAGCCCGGCCCCGGCCAUGGCCGACAAGGAGAAGAGCGGCAUCCAGUGCUCGGCCUCCAAGAGCAUCCGGCCCUUCCGCUCCAGCGAGGAGUACCUGGAGGCCAUGAAGGAGGACCUGGCCGAGUGGCUGAACGCCCUGUACGGGCUGGCGGUGCCGGGGGGCGGCGGGGGCUUCCUGGAGGCGCUGGAGACGGGGGCCGUGCUGUGCCGCCACGCCAACAACGUCAACGGCAUCGCCCGGGACUUCGCGGGCCGGAGGCCGGAGGCUGCGGGCCGGCUGCGCCUGCCCGCGCGGGAGGUGACCUUCCAGGCCCACGGCGUGGCCCCCGGCUCCUUCCUGGCCCGCGACAACGUGUCCAACUUCAUCGCCUGGUGCCGCGGGGAGCUGGGCAUCCCGGAGGUGCUCAUGUUCGAGACGGACGACCUGGUCCUGCGCAAGAACGAGAAGAACUUUGUCCUCUGCCUGCUGGAGGUGGCCCGCCGCGGCUCCAAGUUCGGGGUGCUGGCCCCCAUGCUCAUCCAGCUGGAGGAGGAGAUCGAGGAGGAACUGAGGGACCAGGCCGGCGAGCCGCGGCCCCCCGCCACCGGGGACGAGGACAGGGACCGGAGGCCCGGGGCCCCGGGGAUGGGGGCCUACCCCAGCCGGGGGCCCAGGAUGACCCUGUGUGACCUCCGAAACCUGGACGAACUGGUCCGGGAGAUCCUGGGCCACUGCACCUGCCCGGAUCAGUUCCCCAUGAUCAAGGUGUCGGAGGGCAAGUACAGAGUGGGAGACUCGAGCGCCCUCAUCUUUGUUCGGGUCCUUCGGAGCCACGUGAUGGUGAGGGUGGGAGGAGGCUGGGACACGCUGGAGCACUACCUGGACAAGCACGACCCGUGCCGCUGCGCCUCCGUGGCACACCGGCUGCCCCAGCCCCGGGCGCUGACCUUCUCCCCCCAGAAGGCGUCGCCGGCCCCCAGCCCCAGAGCCUCCAGCCCCGGGGCCCAGCGCUGGCCAGAUGCGGGGAGCCCCGCCCCGGGGGGCGAGCGGAGGGGCUCCCGGCCCGAGGGGCUCCCGGCCCGGCUCGGGGCGGGGGGAGCGGGCUCCCCGCAGGCCUCCGCCACCCCCCGGGGCCAUCGGGACGGUCCAGAGACGCGCCAGUCCAACCCGCUGAGGCUGCCCCCGAGGUCCCGCCGCUGCUCAGGUGACAGUGACUCCUCGGCCUCCUCUGCACAGAGUGGCAUCCUGGGCUGUUGCCGGGGAGAAGAGGGGUCCCCGGGACCCCGGAAGGACGGUAACAGCCAGCGAGCGACCAGGGUCCCAGCGGCGCUCAGGAGACCCCCGGCUCACCGGAGCAAGUCUCGGGACCGGGGCCCUGGGCCCGGCCCCCGUGUGGAGGAGCGGGGCCGGCCCCGAGGGGCCCAAGGUGGAAGGGACGCCCGCCCGGCGGCCCCGAGCCCCGCCCGGCGGGCACGCAGCCAGGGCCACGAGGACCAGACCAUGCUCCUCAUCCACCGAGACAGAGACGGGCAGCACUCGUGGGCCCGGCCCGGCGGCUCCGGCAGAAGCACCCCCAGGGCCAGGAGCCCCGCGCUUCCCCGCGCCCGGCCCCAGCCCGCGGCGGCCCCGGAGCCCCCCCGGCCCCUGCAGGUGGUGGACACGCUCUGCCAGGAGCUCGAGGAGCUGGCUCGGACCUUCCGGGCCCCUCUGCAGCUGGACCCCCGGCAGGAGCAGCAGCUCUACCGCUGCCUGGAGGAGGAGUUCCUGGCCAACUCGAAGGCGCUGGAGGCCGAAAGGGCCUCCCUGGCCCCGGCCCCCCAGACCACCCCCGAACCCGCGGCCCCCGACUCUGCCUACUGCUCCUCCAGCUCCUCCUCUUCCUCCCUCAACUUCUUUAGCAAGCACGUCCCCCCCGGAGAGGCCCCCCGGCCGGGCCCGGCCCCCAACGGGGUGGCCGCCGUCCCCAACGGCUCCGGCGACGCGUGGGACCCCAGGACCCCGGCCCGCGGCCGUGCGCCGGCGCUCUCCAGCUCUUCAGAUGAGAGUAACUACUGCCCUGCGCUCAAUGAUGUGCAGGAGGUGCCCGAGGGGGGCUGGGGUGAGGCGGAGCCGGGGGGCUCAGGGGACGAGCGCGGGGGGCCGGGGCUGGCCAGGCUCCCCGCGGACCAGCUGAGGCCGUGCGCCCGCCCCCGGGUGGACAACCAGCCCGACAGGAAGCCCUCCCGCAUCCCCACCCCUCUGGCGCCCCGAAGGCCUUCGGCCGAUCACAGAGCCUGGCAGGGCCUGCCCUCCGCCUUCCCGGAGCCCUUGGCUCAGGUGCCCAGGGGAGAGGGUAGGCAGGAGGAGGGGGCCUGGAUGUGACCCCAUCCGAGCCCCCUCUAGGGCUUGCUGCUACGGCCGGAGGGGCCCCUGGUCCCGCCUCCCCGGACUGCCGGGGCUAGGGCUGGGGGGGCCAGAGUUGGCUCCCAGUGGGGCCCCUCCCCUCGGUUUGCCCCCACCCCUUCUUCCUUCCUAUGUGGCCUUAGUUCUAAUUGGGUCCCCGGGACCCGACCGUCUUCCGCGCCCUGAGUCCAGGGACCAACGUCAGGGAAAGAGGAGCGGGACCGCGGCUGACUUUGUACGUUUAAGGUUUUAGGGCCUGGGGGAGGCGGGGGUCCGGAUGGUCCCCACCCCCCCACUGUAAAGUGGGCAUAGCAGAUCUAUUUAAAUCUAAUAUAUUGAGAGAGUGUGUGAGUGAGUGAGAGGAGCGGCCCCUGGGGCCCAGCCCUGCCGACCCCCCCUGCUCUGUAACCCCGCCCCGAGAGAUUCUGAGCUCAAGAGAGUAAACUAACGUGCAUUGC